AUGUAUGUGCAACCAAAGUUGACCGUUUGGUUGCUGGCUCCACUGGUAGCCUGCAACGACGACAUUGAGAUUCUGGGUUCCUCGUUUCAAGAGUUAGCCCACAUGCACGACGAUGAGAGAGUCUCCUUUGCAGACGAACAAUGGAGCAAGAACAAACCUCGCGGUCAUAACCAUCGAGGUCUCCAGAAACAAGAACGAGGUUUCGGCGACAGAUGUGGGAACCGCAACGGUUGUGCCGCAGGAAACGAAUGCACCGAGGUCGCCUAUGGCAACCGAUGCCUACCCGACAAUAAUUGCUUAGAGGAGUCAUUUGCCACAGUUACGUUUGAUGAACAAGCCUACAAGGACCUCGUUUUUGCGGCAGCGGGAUAUUCCGAAAGCGAAUUCUUGGCGGCUCUGUCGAAUGCCAAAAGUGGACGAGAUUUCCUCCAAACAGAUGAAUGGGAGGCCAUCACAACGGCAUUCCGCCAGAACAUGGCACCCUUGAAAGCGCUUCAAGAAAGAAGCAGUGGAUGCAUUGACGCGGCCAACAAUGAAACCUCCGGCAAACAGGAUGGCACCGUCAGCUAUAUUGGGCUACACAUCGAGGGUGGUUUGCUCGUUGACUUUACCCUCAAUUACCUGGUGGCGUCCCUUGGAACGGAUCAGAAAACCAUGCUACGAAUGUGCCCCGGGCUGGAACUGGGCGCAGGAGCUGAGGUCUCCUUCGUCUUUGGAUUCACAAACACAGAUAAUACUGCCAACAUGCUCUGUGUAGGCAUAUGGCUUGAUAUUGAUAUCAUUGUGCUCGCUGCUGCAGGUGUGGCAAUCGGAUGUGGUUUCAAUGGUGUCUUCUUUUACGAGUUUACGAUUGGUGGAGGAGCUGGACUGGGAAUUGGUACCAGCCUUUGUGCUUCCUUUGAGCAAGCUUCCACGACGGACGAAACUAACCAAACAUCGUGGUUGGCGCUACCGACUCCAUAG